GGGUGCCUCCAGUUCCGAGGACACCCAGAACCGCAGUCAGGAGGAUUGUCACGCAGCACAGCCUGCAGAACAGCGCACAGUAAACGAGACAACUCCAUCCAGUGUCCGGGUACGUAGACAGCCGGUCGAAACCAUGUCACGGCUGGCGGUAUCCUCUGUCCGUAGUGGACACAUACUGAGUAAUCAUCGGAGGACAAGGAUAGAACACAGCCAACACACCGGUGCAGUAUCCUCGGAGCAUGCGCGAUAUGACGAUGAUAAAAGCUCUCUAUGGAGGCGAUGCACUCCCAGUGGCAGAGCCUCGGCCGAGUGACCACUCCGUUGUGCAUGUCGACCGCGGCCAUGCCUCGCUCGUCACGACAGUUUCGCCGGGUAACGCACGGAGCAUAGACCGAACCAUCGCCUCGGACCUGUGGAACAGAGUGUAUGGCAGUGGUGCUUCGCAGCCCGUACGCGGAGCCGGAGAUUCGCCUGGGACACGAACGCGAAUACACCGCGUCCACCAUAGCCCGACAAUCCACAGCGCCAUCGACGACCCUCAGCCGUCGCGGCCGACGCGCCACCCUCCCCAGCGUCGCACGCAGUCAGGGCAAGAUUGCAGUGAGAGGGAGAGUCUCGGCCAGGCCAUGGAGCGUCCGAGGUCCCCGGCCGUCCCCCAGGAUCCCGCGCUAUGCCAUUCCGAGCCCUCUGCUCUGAUCAAUCAGCUCGACGCCCGGCCCGCACGCGUGCGGACGGUCGUCCUGCGCAGAUUGAGAUCUCUCGAGCUUCGGCAGCGCUGCGCUGGACGGGCACCGAAAUCUACGCACCAUCUCGGGACUUCGCGCGGGGGGAGGACCCAGCCACAAGUGACUCUGCGUCACGGCGCAACAGAUUUGGGGCCCUGGGAUGCGUCGUCACGCCAUGAGCGGGAGGACGGGGAGGCGAGGGCGCGCGCGCCAGGAGCAGCAUGUGGCACUAGGACGAUUCGGUCGGCGGUCCGAACGGGGGGAGAUGGGGAGAUGGGGGACAAGAGGCCAGCUGAGCGGGGCCGUUGGCAAUACGCACGGACAAGGCAGCAGCACUGUGCGGCGGGAACCGGAGGGCCCGGGGAAAGACAAAACGACGCACUGCACUUGGCUGCAGGUCUGUACGCGCGAGGUGGCGGGAUAUGGCAAGGUGUCGCGCGGCGGUGGUGGCACAGCGGCGGCCACGGCGGUGGCAUAUGGCACAAUCGUGCGAGACAAAACGAUGCGCUGCGUUUGGUCGGAAGGUCGUCGCGAAAUACGGUAUGGCGCACCAGCUGCCCUCGAAAUGGAGAGCAGGACGUCCUCGAACCUGAUGAAGACAAAGGGAGAGAGAACAAGACCGUCGUCGGGCGCCUCGCGAAAAGGCCAAUAAUCACCGCCGAAUAAUAGCGGAGGCGUAGACCUAGGAUUCGAAGACCGAUACUAGCACGCCUCUCCGCCACCUACAGCUCCGCGUACGGCACCCGCCUCGCCCUCAAUAAUACCACUACUAGCUAGCCGUAGUCACAUACCCGCACAACAUACAACGCCAUCCGCUUU